AUGUUCCACGAAGCUGGAAUACUAACCAUACGACUAGCUGACAAAUAUCUUAAAGAAGGUAAGCUUGCACUGGUUAAAAGAAUUUUGGAAAGUGCAGUGAAUAUCACUAAAACAAAUGGCCCAUCAAAAGCAGAAAGGGUGGCCUAUAGUUACCUUGGAUCUACUUUGAUAUUACUCGGUGAGUAUCAGAGAGCUAGAGAAUAUCUCGUGAGAGCCCUUGCCAUAGCUAUAGAAAUUGGCGACAAAGGCGGAGAAGGUGCAUCGUACGGCAGCCUUGGAAAUAUUUUCAAAUUGCGUGGAGAAUACCAGAAGGCUAAAGAAUAUUAUGAGAAAGCCCUUGCCAUCGCUAUAGAAAGUGGCGACAAACAAGCACAAAGUAUAUUGUACGUUAACCUUGGAAUUUUGUUUCAAUUACAUGGAGAAUACCAGAAGGCUAAAGAAUAUGAUGAGAAAGCCCUUGCCAUCGCUAUAGAAAGUGGCGACAAAGAAGUACAAAGUACAUCGUACAGUCACCUCGGAAGUGUUUUUGAAUCGCUUGGAGAAUACCAGACGGCGAAAGAAUAUUAUGAGAAAGCCCUUCCCAUCGCUAUAGAAAUUGGCGACAAACAAGUACAAAGUUCAUCGUACAGUCACCUUGGAAAUAUUUUUAAAUCGCUUGGAGAAUACCAGAAAGCAAAAGAAUAUUAUGAGAAAGCCCUUGCCAUCGCUAUAGAAAUUGGCGACAAACAAGUACAAAGUGCAGCAUACAAUAACUUUGCAAAUGUUUUUCAAUUGCGUGGAGAAUACCAGAGGGCUAAAGAAUAUUGUGAGAAAGCCCUUGCCAUCGCUAUAGAAAGUGGCGACAAAAAAGUACAAAGUUCAUUGUACUGUAACCUUGGAAGUGUUUUUGAAUCGCUUGGAGAAUACCAGAAGGCAAGAGAAUAUAAUGAGAAAGCCCUUGCCAUCGCUAUAGAAAUUGGCGACAAACAAGUACAAAGUACAUCGUACUGUCACCUCGGAAGUGUUUUUGAAUCGCUUGGAGAAUACCAGAAGGCUAAAGAAUAUUGUGAGAAAGCCCUUCCCAUCGCUAUAGAAAUUGGCGACAAACAAGUACAAAGAAAAUCGUACAGUCACCUCGGAAGUGUUUUUGAAUCGCUUGGAGAAUACCAGAAGGCUAAAGAAUAUCAUGAGAAAGCCCUUGCCAUCGCUAUAGAAAGUGGCGACAAACAGGUACAACGUUUAUCGUACGGUAACCUUGGAAAUGUUUUUCAAUUGCGUGGAGAAUACCAGAAGGGUAAAGAAUAUUAUGAGAAAGCCCUUGCCAUCGCUAUAGAAAGUGGCGACGAACAAGCACAAAGUACAUCGUACAGUCACCUCGGAAGUGUUUUUGAAUCGCGUGGAGAAUACCAGAAGGCUAUAGAAUAUUAUGAGAAAGCCCUUGCCAUCGCUAAUAGAAUUGGCGACAAACAAGUACAAAGUAAAUCGUACGGUAACCUUGGAAAUGUUUUUCAAUUGCGUGGAGAAUACCAGAAGGGUAAAGAAUAUUAUGAGAAAGCCCUUGCCAUCGCUAUAGAAAGUGGCGACGAACAAGUACAAAGUACAUCGUACAGUCACCUCGGAAGUGUUUUUGAAUCGCGUGGAGAAUACCAGAAGGCUAUAGAAUAUUAUGAGAAAGCCCAUGCCAUCGCUAUAGAAAUUGGCGACAAACAAGUACAAAGUUUAUCGUACAGUAGCCUCGGAAGUGUUUUUGAAUCGCGUGGAGAAUACCAAAAGGCUAAAGAAUAUUAUGAGAAAGCCCUUGCCAUCGCUAUAGAAAUUGGCGACAAACAAGUACAAAGUACAUCGUACAGUCACCUCGGAAGUGUUUUUGAAUCGCUUGGAGAAUACCAGAAGGCUAAAGAAUAUUAUGAGAAAGCCCUUGCCAUCGCUAUAGAAAUUGGCGACAAACAAGUACAAAGUACAUCGUACAGUCACCUCGGAAGUGUUUUUGAAUCGCUUGGAGAAUACCAGAAGGCUAAAGAAUAUUAUGAGAAAGCCCUUGCCAUCGCUAUAGAAAUUGGCGACAAAAAAGUACAAAGUUUAUCGUACGGUAACCUUGGAAAUGUGUUUCAAUCACUUAGAGAAGACCAGAAGGCAGAAGAUUAUCGUAAGAAAGCCCUUGCCAUCGCUAUAGUAACUGGCGACAGGAUAGUUGAAGGCAAAUUGUGUAGGAGCUUUGGAGGAAAUCUCUUGCAACUUAGAAAAACUGUUCAGGCUAAAGUUUAUUACGACAAGGCACUCACCAUAGCAACAGAAAUUGGUGACAGACCAUCAGAAAUUGAAUGUUACGAAUGUUUAGCAUUUGUGUUGGCUAGCAUUCAGGACUAUCAGACGGCUGAAGAAUAUCAAAAGAAAGCGCUUGCCAUUAGCAUAGAAAUUGGCCAUAUAGUAUACGAAUUAGAAAUCCUUAAUAACCUUGCACAGACAUAUCGAUCUGUUGGUGAAUAUGUUGUUGCCGAAGAACUCAGCCAGGAAGCAUUGUUUAUAUCCAGGGAAAUUGGAGCUAAAAUGUCAGAGUAUAAAAUUCUCCUCGGAAUCACGUUCUUAAAAUCUUCGCAAUUAAAGCAUGAGGAUGAAAAGACCUUUCUCCUCGAAAGCAUUCAAAGAUACGAACAACUGCGAAAUUCUCUUGGAGGAAACAAAGAAUUUGAAAUAUCCUUGUUAGAGAGGUAUGGUUCUUUUCCCUACAAGCGGCUCAGUGACCUGCUUUGUGAUCUCGAUAGUCCUCGCGACGCUCUUUAUGUCGAGGAACUGGGACGAGCUAGAGGCCUUGCAGAAUCAUUGGCAAGCAAGUUUUCCGCGGUAAACCACAUCUCAGCUGAUCCAAAAUCAUGGUUUGGGAUUGAAAACAUCGUAAGUAAAGAAAGAGGCUGUGUUUUCUUAUACAUGUCGUAUUUUGAGACGCACACUCAUCUCUGGGUUUUAAAAGGAGAAGAUAUUAACCAUCGCAUUAGCUCAAUCGUUAAAGACAGCAGUCUCAUCGCUCAGUCACCCUUAAACGUGGAAAAAAUUUUCAAAAAAAGUGCCGAAAUGUUCGGCGUCAAAUCUAACGAGAAUUGCGAAGGUCGUUCUUUACAAGGUUGUGGAACCAAAGAUGACGAGUCACUUCUCCAUUUGUGUUACAAACUGAUUUUUGCCCCAGUGGGCGAUUUACUCACCGAGCCUGAAAUAAUCAUUGUGCCAGAGAAGUGUUCUUACCGAGUCCCGUUUGCUGCUUUGCGUGCCGACUCAGCCGGGAAGUAUCUGUCAGACACGUACAGAAUCCGCAUCGUCCCCUCUUUGACGACUCUUGGCGUUAUUCAGAAAUGUCCAGCAGACUAUCACAGUCAGUCUGGCGCACUGGUAGUGGGUGAUCCUGAUGUUGGCAAAGUUUGUUACAAAGGGCGUCUCAAAACCUUUAUAGCAUUGGCUUCUGCGAGACAAGAAGCAAAGAUGGUGGGUCAACUACUUGGUGUUCACCCUUUGUUAGGAGAGUGUGCAACAAAGCAGGCGGUACUUCGAGCCAUACAUUCGGUGAGUUUGAUUCAUAUUGCUGCUCAUGGAGAUGCCGAAAGAGGAGAGGUUAUCCUUUCCCCUCAGGGUGCUGCUAACAAGUUUCCACAAGAGGAAGAUUACAUUUUGACAGUCUCUGACAUUUCUAAAGUUCAGCUGCGAGCUAAACUGGUAGUUCUUAGCUGCUGUCACAGUGGGCGUGGGGUGUUUAAACAAGAGGGUGUCAUUGGAAUCGCUAGGGCUUUCCUAGCAUCUGGUGCACGUUCAGUGUUGGCAGCAUCGUGGGCCAUUGAAGAUGAAGCGUCAAAGCAGCUCAUGGAUCAUUUCUAUGAGUACCUUGCGAAUGGAAAAAGUGCUAGCGAAUCUCUCCACCAGGCCACCAAAUGGUUGAGAAGAGACGGCUUCACCAAAAUUUCCCAAUGGGCUCCAUUUGUGCUGAUUGGAGAUAACGUGACAUUUGACUUUACGAAAAUGAGGUAA